GGGCUUGUGGCUCUAUAUAAAGAGGGAAAUCAGAGUGUGACUAGAGGCAGUAUUCUGUUCGGUACUAUGACCUGUAGCUGAAACAGACCAGCACAGAUUUUGUUCACUGGAUAUAACCAGAGGAAGGAUUUGAUUUCACUUAACAAGAUAAGUAAUGUUGAAGCUCUUGAUGCUGGCCGCCAUCACAGCGCUCCUCCUGUUGGCGGAGGGGGGAAUGUCGGCGAGGACUCAGUCCCGCACUAAGAGACAACUGGCCAGCCCGCUGCACCUCAGGGGGAUCCGGGACCCCUAUGGCUCCUACUGCCAGAGGAGAGGAGGUUGCUGCCCCGGCCGAAAUGACCAGUGCACUGUGCCAUACCUGGACACCAUCUGUUACUGCGACCUGUUCUGCAACCGCACCGUGUCUGACUGUUGUCCUGACUUCUGGAGCCACUGCCUGGGAACAACUCCUCCAUAUCCUCCCAGUUCUUGUGAAAGGAAUGGUCACAGGUUUCACUCAGGAGCAACAUACAAAGAGAACUGUAAUUUAUGCACAUGUGGUCAAAAUGGGCGCUGGGAAUGUGAGCAUCAUGCCUGUCUGAUAGAGGAUGACAUGAUCCAGGAAAUCAACAGGAGAAGUUAUGGUUGGAGGGCCUCAAACUACAGUCAGUUCUGGGGUAUGAAGCUGGACGAGGGUCUGCGGUAUCGUCUGGGCACACAACGCCCCUCAAGGACCAUUAUGAACAUGAAUGAGAUGCAGAUGAAUAUGAAUGGAAACGAUCAUCUGCCAAGUUACUUUAACGCAGCAGACAAAUGGCCAGGGAAAAUCCACGAGCCCUUGGAUCAGGGGAACUGCAAUGCAUCCUGGGCUUUCUCAACUGCAGCUGUUGCAUCCGACCGGAUCUCUAUUCAGUCAAUGGGUCACAUGACCCCUCAGCUCUCACCUCAGAAUCUGAUUUCCUGUGACACACGUAAUCAGGCCGGCUGCUCCGGUGGGCGUAUUGAUGGGGCCUGGUGGUACCUAAGGAGAAGAGGGGUUGUGACAGAGGAGUGUUACCCUUUCUCUUCACCCCAGCAAAGUCCUGCUGAAGUGGCUCGCUGUAUGAUGCAAAGUCGAGCGGUGGGCCGGGGAAAGAGGCAGGCCAUAGCACACUGUCCCAACAGCCACAGCUACCACAAUGAUAUUUACCAGUCAACCCCACCAUACAGAUUGUCCUCCAAUGGGAAUGAGAUUAUGAAAGAGAUUAUGGAUAAUGGCCCCGUGCAAGCCAUCUUGGAGGUCCAUGAGGAUUUCUUUGUGUACAAGAGUGGAAUUUACCGGCAUACAGAUGUCAAUUACCACAAACCGUCACAGUAUCGCAAACAUGCAACGCACUCUGUCAGGAUAACAGGAUGGGGAGAGGAAAGAGAUUACAACGGCAGAACACACAAAUACUGGAUUGCAGCCAACUCAUGGGGGAAGAACUGGGGCGAGGAUGGUUACUUCCGGAUUGCUCGUGGUGUAAAUGAGUGCGAGAUCGAGGCGUUUGUGAUCGCCGUGUGGGGCAGAGUCACCAUGGAGGACAUGCACAACCAUCACCACCAUCACGGACGCCGCAAGUAGAGAUCUGCAGUGUAUGCCUCACUCUAUGAUUUAAAAGUCAAUCAGGUCUUUUGCAGGUUUGUGAAAGUCUGAUUUCCACCAAACCCCAGUGCCUUCUGAGUAUCUCUUCAAGUCAUAUGCAUAAAAAGUGAUGUCCACUGCCCCCCUCUGUCCAAAUACGCGUCUCCACUGGAGUUUUGGUUUGGACGAAUGUAAAACUCCAGUUUGUGUAUACGGCCUAUAUCGUCUUAUUGGUGGAAACCGACUUGUUACACUCCCUGACUGGACCUCAAAUAACAGCUACAGCCACAGGACUCAGACACACUCAGGACUCAGUACUCCAAAGACACACUUCACAGGCACACAUGCGCUCAGCAUCACAAUGUAAUUGUCUCAAAUGUAUAAUAUAGUGAUAUAUUAGGAUCUGUCUUUUGUUUUGUAUUUUUUUCCUAUGUUUGGGAAUCGUUACACACCAAGGCAGACAGUCAGACAGCACUCCAUACGUUCUGCUAAAAGGGUUGGAGGAACACCAGGAUGGUGGAAGAAGGUUUUAGGACCAAUAAUUUAUUCCAAACAUAGGCUAGAUUACAUUUAUGACAGUUCUCUGCAUUCCAUUGAGGUUAAGGUUGUGUAAAAUUGCUUUAAAGCAUUUUAUCCCACUCCAGUCUUUGUUUCAAAGUUGGAUUCUGUUAGGUGGGCUGUUAAACAAAUUUAAAGAAUGACUGUAUAGAUGCAGACACUGCUAUUCACUCUCAUUUGAGAAUAUAACAGGAAGCAAACCGAAAUGUUAUUUCAUGCUAUGAGACCAAAAAAAUGGACAUCAGUUACUGCAAUUUUAAAUGACCCUUAAAUCUAUAUGAAUUUAAAGGCUGGACGUGGUUUGGUCAACCUGGGCCUGGCGCUUAAAUAGUGGGCUAUACAAAGGCAAAGACAACUGUUUAUCGUCAGAACCUUUCUGUUGUAGUGUGUUGGCUAAAUUGUGCUGGAAUAUAUACAUAUAAAUACCACAGAUUCCAUGUAAGAACAAAAUCUGCUCAAGUCUUAAGCUAAUGUACUGUGUGAACUUAUACGAUUGUGAGUGUAAAAAACUGAUUACCAUUAGUAUAAAAAAAAAAUAUUUGUUAUUCAUUUACAAAAAAAAAAAAAACCUUAAAUAUGAGAUUUUCAAAGUGGGUCGAAAGUGCACAUGGUUUGGGGUUCAGUGCUGAAUUACUACUGUCUUGCUAUAUAAAUCAGCAAAACCGCAAUAUUACAAGACAUCAUAGGGCAUUUGCUUCUCAAAUAUCCAUCUACACAUAUAUGGAGAUUAUUGUGCGUUAAUAAGCGUGAGACAGCUAUUGCUGCAAGGGCAUAAAACAUCGCAAACUAUAAUAUUGUGCUUGCACCAGAGCUCCAAGCAAUCCCAUCUGCUGACUUUGAUAAUGAUAAUGUCCUUAUUAUGGUGACAUGACUAAUUCAGAAGCCUUAUGGCAGGCAUUUGAUUCAGCUAUACACACUCACAGACAGGAAGUCAGGGGUGUUUCAAUAUAAAUUCAGCAACAGAUGCUAUAUUCUGCCCACCAGGCCAUUAGCAUUCGGUGAAAUGUCUUCUCUAUUAGUCAUGCAAGAAGUUUUUAUUAAGAUAAAGCAGUUAUAUGCAGCCAGAUGAGUCUAGCAUAUGGGCUUAUGUCAUGAAUAUCAGUGUCUUAAUAUUGCUAGAUUUUACAUUACGGUUUACUUUAUACACUGAUUUGAGCCCAAGCUAGAUCGUUCUCAUUUAGACAUUCUGCAGUUCUGUAACUAUGAAUUAAUACUGUGUUAUUUAAGAACAAAGUCUGUUUGUAAAUCGCUGGUUACUACUGUGCAAUGUUACCAUGUUGUUCCUCGUAUUGUCUGUGCACAAUGCAAAUCACUGUAGUGUUCACCUGUGUGAUGCAAUAAAAGUCCUACAGCCCA